UGCCCCGUAUGCAGCGGCGGAAUAUGGCGGAGUCCUCCUUGGGGAAUUCAAGCCCAGGGGUUUCGGUGGGCUCGGACAGCCUGGACUUUGACCCUUCGGCAGAAAUGCUCGUGCAGGACUUUGACGAUGAACGCACGCUGGAGGAGGAGGAGCUUCUGGAGGGAGAGAUGAACUUCCGCAAUGAGAUUGAGGACCUAAAAAGGGAAAGAGAGAUGCCCAUUCAGGACCUUCUGAAUCUCUAUGGUUAUGGAGGUGGGGCGUCUCCAGAAGAAGAAGAGGAGGAUGAGGAAGAGGAAGAGGAAGAUGAGGAGGAUGAAGGAGAAGAGCUGGAUAAUGAUGAGAGCAGUCGGAGUACGGGGGAGCUGAAGAGAAAUAAGGAUGAGGUGGUGAAGCUGUGUAAGGACGUGGAGAGUCAGGCUGCUGCUGAAGAUCGCUCUCGCUCUGCUAAAGGCUGCAGCACCGCGGAGCUCAUUCGGCCUCAGAACCGCGCCUACUUCCAGAAUAAUGAAGUGGAUGAAGAGUCUGAAGAGGAUGAAGACUACAUUCCCUCAGAGGACUGGAAAAAAGAGAUCAUGGUGGGCUCCAUGUACCAGGCUGAGACCCCUGCAGGGCUGUGUAAAUAUAAAGAGAACGAGAGAGUGUAUGAAAACGACGACCAGCUGCUGUGGAAUCCAGAGUUUCUCCCGGAGAACAUUGUGGUGGAGUUUCUAAUGGAGGCGUGUAAACGGACGGGUGAGGAGACCGGAGUGGACGCCAUACCUGAGGGGUCACACAUCAAAGACAACGAGCAGGCGCUGUAUGAGCUGGUGAAGUGUGACUUUGACACAGAAGAGGCUCUGCGCAGACUGAGGUUUAACGUCAAAGCAGCCAGAGAAGAGCUGUCUGUCUGGACAGAGGAAGAGUGUAGGAAUUUUGAACAAGGUCUUAAGGCAUAUGGGAAAGAUUUUCAUCUCAUUCAAGCCAACAAGGUGAGGACGCGGUCUGUAGGGGAGUGUGUGGCGUUUUAUUACAUGUGGAAAAAGUCUGAGCGAUACGAUUUCUUCGCACAGCAAACCCGACUCGGCAAGAGGAAAUAUAACCUUCAUCCGGGUGUGACGGAUUAUAUGGACAGACUGCUGGACGAGACGGAGAGCGCAGCGUCCAGUCGAGCGGCCACUCCGCCCCCAACCACCUCCAGCAGCAACGCCAGCCAAUCAGAGAGAGAAGAGGGCUCCACUCAUAACGGUUUGAGCAGCCACAGCUGUGUUUCCAGCUCAGAUUCUGUCCUGAUGUCCAGCGGAGAGGUGAAGAACGACCCCGUCCAUUCGAACGGAGCCGACAGCCUUCCGUUGCAGCCACACGACUCCAACGGCUGCGAGCUUCCGGCCGACAGAAACGGAGCGACGAAGCGGCCGCCAGACAGCCAGGCCGCAGACAGGCCGGCCAAAAAAUGUAGGACAGAUUCAGACCCCCUGACCCCGGUGGAGAUGGACUCUUCCAGGGUGAAGGAAGACUGAACUGCUAAUAGAACAGAAACCAAAGGCCAGACCAAAUCCAGCAGACC